GGCUCGGACAUUCUUAAAGGGGCCGCGGCAACAACAGCAGCUUAGGCGGGUCGUUGCAAGAAAACAAAACAAGACAGUAAGCGGAAAGCGGGGUGCAGCUGGAUAGAAGGUUUUUCAAAUCCAGCCCAGUGAAUAUUUCUAGUUCCUCAACUUUGGUUGCAGAUCCGUUCCUAAAUUCUGGAGGACUUGGAACCUGUUCAAUGGAAAGGGGGUGAAUGCGUUUGCCACCCUGAGAUGUGUCCCUCUGGGAUGUGGAUGUAGGAUGUUAGAACAUCAAGUAGAAGAGGAGCUGACCACUGUGCGUGUCCAAGAUCCUCGUGUCCAGAACGAGGGCUCCUGGAACUCUUAUGUGGACUACAAAAUAUUCCUCCAUACCAACAGCAAAGCCUUUACAGCCAAGACAUCCUGUGUACGCAGACGGUACCGUGAGUUCGUGUGGCUGAAGAAACGGCUGCAGAAAAAUGCCGGCUUGGUGCCUGUCCCAGAACUUCCAGGGAAGUCCACCUUCUUUGCCGGCAGCACUGAUGAAUUCAUUGAGAAGCGGAGGCAAGGGCUUCAGCAGUUCCUGGAGAAGGUGGUACAGAAUGUUGUGCUCCUUUCGGAUAGCCAGCUGCACCUCUUCCUCCAGAGCCAGCUCUCUAUACCAGAGAUUGAAGCUUGCGUCCAGGGUCGGGGCUCUCUGAGCGUCACAGAUGCCAUUCUCCAUUACGCCAUGUCGAACUGUGGUUGGGUGCAGGAGGAGGACAGCCAUUCCACUCUGCUGGCCAAAGGGGACUUCAGCAGCAGGAUGUGGCAAAUCCUUCCAUGAUGUGAGGAAUUUUAUGUGAAGCAAUGACGAGGAAACACGCAGCACGACAUCAAGAAAUUGGCUACAUUUUACUACACGUUAUAGAGCAGGGAGAACUCAAUACAGAACUUCUGCUUUUGCUGGUAGCCCCGUAUUUCUCAUCAUGUACAGCUCUGCCCUCACUAUGAAUGGAAAGAAUCACUACACAUGCUCAGAGGCACUCUUUUUUUCAUGUACUUAGUUUUCUCCAGAGCAGAGCCCUGGCACCAGGGCCGGCCCACACAUGAUGCAAGGUGCAGUGACGGCCCACUGGGGCAGCAGAUCCCAAUGUUGAUCUCCCCCUCAUACCUUUGUUCCUGAUGUAGAUCUUCCCUCGUCCCUUCUUCCCUAGUGGGAAAGGGGUGCUAUUUUGGGGUCUGCCUCAGGUGCCAAAAUGUCAUGGGCUGGCCCUGCUUGGCACGGAAAACAGAUUCUGGCUCCUGACUAAGCCUCGGGGUUUGGAGGCAAACUCUUUUCUCUAUAGUGAGACAUUACCUGUUCUAAAACAAAAGGCUGGCUCCACACCCCACCUUGCCAACGCUGAUCUAGCAAUAUUUACUCCUCAACCCCAACUUAGCUCUAGUUACAGUCCAAGCGCCUCGUAAACAACCCCGAUCCUACUUUGGCGAUGUAGUUAAUCAGCCCCAGUCGCUCACAGAAGAUCAAUGGCGGGAUGAUGGAUGCCCGAGGAGAAAAGCCAAAAUCAAUCACAGGCUUAUCGGUAUAUGAUUGCUUGGCCCCAUUAUUAGUGCCGGAGCAUCAUACAUUAUUGUUAGUAAAAUGGAGGCCUCUAAUUCAUAGGUGAGCUGUGUCACGCAUUAUUGGAGGGUCGCUUGACAUGGGAGGGUUUUAUAUUGGGUCGCUGCAGACAUCUGUUUAUCUCAAAAACUGGCCCAGGGCUGAAAGCUGGCUCAGAACAAAAUUUAGGGCUUAACACUGGAAAGGAAGAAACCUGAGCACAGUGGCUAGUUUUUUGAGAAUGAAAGAGAGGUGCUAGGGUCUGAAUGUCCCCCAGGAAGCUGCAGUGACAGCUCAAGACGUUUCUCCUGUGCUCAUGUGCAGCUCCUGCCCCGCCCCCCGUCAUUUCAAAGGGGCUUGCAUAGAGAAACUUCCCUGUAGGUAGUGCUCUAUGAAUGAGACCUCUCUGUCUCUUUAGUGCCCAAAACCUAUUUUCUGAGAUGACAGCCUACGUUGCCUCAUGGUCAGGCAGAAAGUCAUGACGUGGCCUCUGCCAUGGAAGUCUAGCCUUCUUAAUCCUAGAUAUCGGGGUCAGGAAGGGGCCCCAUCUCUUCAUAGGAGCUUGUACUUUCCUUCCAUUUCCUCCAGCAUAUCAGGAACUCCUGCAACUAGGGAAGGAGUUGCUUUUGUCUACUCCCAAGAGGAGAAGAGUGUGGAACCUCACAGUGUGGAGAUGGGGUGCGGGAGGGAG